AAAACUGAAGAAAAAAAUGGGGCAUACACUAUAAUUAACCUUGUUUGCAAAAUAAGCCACCCUUUCGUUUGGUUAAGAUGCUUUCUCCGUUCAAAAUACCAGGAACAGCUCAACAUUUUCUAGAAUGUCAAUCAGAAGAAUGCAAAAGUAAUUGUGAAUUUUACUGUAACACUUGCCGUCUGCAGUUAUGUAGGCAAUGCAGAGAUCUUCAUCUAAAGGCUAAAAAAAAUCAGAACCACAAUGUUGUUCUGUACCAGGAACGCACACGGCAACUUCUCGAGAAAUGCAAGAUUCACCCAUCCAAAGAAACUGAUAUGUUAUGUGAUGAAUGCCAAGUUUCGUUAUGUUCCAAAUGUGCCACAUCCCAGGAGCACAAAGGUCACAGCUUCACUGACAUUGAGAAAAUUCAUGCUGAAAAGUUGGCACUAUGGCAAAAGGAAAUCGACAAAAUCCAUGAGUACUAUAUCCCAACGUCACAAUAUUUGCAAAAUGAAAUAAAAGACGAUGCAAAGAACAUAAAGAAGAUAAUAAACAGCAUGAGAGAAUCAUUAAUUGAAGAUGCUGAUUUACUCAGGAGCUUUGUAGAAACAAUUGUUACCGGGAAAAUGAAGCAGAUAGACCAGAUCGAAAGCUCGUUGUUAAAAGAUGUAGAAAUCCAGGAAGAUACAUUCACUAAGUACAUCACUUAUCUCGAUGACAUUGUCAAAGAAUUCAAUUGGUACAUAACGAAUAGAAAAGCAUUGUCAGAAGUCAUGACAAUUCAACCGAUUCCAUGCAUAACAAAACCAGACACACCAGCAUAUAUUGCUCGGAAAUGCAAGAUUGAAGAUGUUGCACAAUUACUUGGUGAAAUAAGCUUUCAUGAAAAACGAACAGAAAGUAGAAAAUUAAAGCCAAUGAAAAUGAUAUCUCAAGCAGACAAAAACAAAGAAGAAUGUCUAAAGAAUAAUGAACAAGCAGAAGGGAAACAAAUAAUAUCUUUAUCACCCUCCAUCGCCAAAAUAAGGAAGUUCAACAUACAUGGUGCUUAUGGUGCUCUUCACCUUUCAAUGAGUAAAGGAGACCGAUUCUGGGUCAGUGACUGGGAUGGAAACCUUGUCCAAAUUGAUCUACAAGGAGGGCAUCAGCUGGAGAAGAUAAAAACAAGUCCUAGAUCUGAAGGCUAUCACACAACGACUAUGGACGGAGAUUUAAUCUUCACAGACAUAAACAAAAAGGUCAUCAGAAGAAUGACACUUAACAACAGGAGCACCUCAUUCAUUAAAACAGGAGAAUGGAAACCAGUCAGUCUAUACUCCUCCAACUCCAACGGGGAUAUACUCGUGGGAAUGGUUAAAGAUAAAGAGGCUAGAAUCACCAGGUAUGACAAGACAGGAAAAGAGAUACAAAACAUACAGUGGGACAGCAAAGCAGAGGAAUUAUAUAGCACUCCAUACUAUAUCACAGAAAACUUGAAUGGAGAUGUUUGUACUUCCGACUUUAGCAAACAAGAGGUGGUGGUUGUGGAUAGAGAAGGGCAGUAUAGAUUCUCUUACAAAGGUAGUCAAGAAUCGGCGUUCUUCCCAAAAGGAAUCUGCACGGAUAUCCUCCUCCACAUUCUGGUGUGUGACUAUUACAGUGAUUCUGUGCACCUCAUUGAUCAGAACGGUCAGUUUUUGUCUUUGCUUAUCACGAGACGAGAUGGAUUGAAGUCCCCGUGCAGUUUGUGUGUGGAUGAUGAAAAUAACCUUUAUGUUGGAAAGCUCACUAAAGGCAUAACAGUGUACAAGUAUCUUCAGUGAUAUUUUUUCUGACCAGCAAUAUAAUAGUUACUUUAUUGAGAGUCUACCCAUUGGGAUGAUAUCAGAUAUGAAUAAUUUAUGAAUAAUUAUCUAUUAAACUUUAAUAAAGAUAUGCUGCAACAUUCGAAUCUGCACUGCGGUGUCACAAGAGGCAUUUCCACAAGGACAAAUAUUUCUAUCAUU